UACUUCCCAUUAGUCUCGGCUGAUCCGCAUCUACUUCUCAACGAACUCAUGAUUAUGCAGAGAACGAAGCUCGUGACUAGAGCUGCCGAUCAUGGCAGGAGAUGAGGCACAGGUGCUCAAUGCACUGGAUGUGGCGAAAACACAAUGGUACCAUUUCACGGCCGUCAUCGUGGCUGGAAUGGGCUUCUUCACCGACGCAUAUGAUCUGUUCAGUAUAUCCCUGGUCACCAAGUUACUUGGCCGCGUAUACUACUACGUGGAAGGUUCGCCCAAACCCGGUACUUUGCCUCCUAAUGUGGCAGCCGCCGUCAACGGCGUCGCGUUCUGCGGAACCAUCUCCGGUCAGCUCUUCUUUGGGUGGCUCGGGGACAAAUUGGGGCGCAAAAAAGUGUACGGCAUGACUCUCUUGACGAUGAUCGUAUGCUCUAUUGGUUCGGGCCUCUCUUUUGGACACACGCCAACAUCUGUGAUGGCCACUCUCUGCUUCUUUCGAUUCUGGCUCGGUUUCGGUAUUGGCGGAGACUACCCUCUUUCUGCUACCAUCAUGUCAGAGUAUUCGAGCAAGAAGACGCGGGGCGCCUUCAUUUCCGCAGUUUUUGCGAUGCAGGGUUUUGGAAUUCUGGCUGCUGGUAUCUUCGCCAUCAUCUUGUCCGGUGCGUUCAAGUCCAAGUUUCCAGCUCCAACUUACGAGGUUGAUCCAGCAGGUUCAACUGUCCCGCAAGCAGAUUUCGUGUGGAGGAUAAUGUUAAUGGCGGGAGCUGUGCCUGCUGUUUUGACUUUUUACUCGAGGAUCAAGAUGCCUGAGACUGCUCGUUACACUGCACUCGUCGCCAAGAACGCUGAGCGGGCUGCAGCUGACAUGGCUAAAGUUCUUCAAGUGGAAAUUGCAUCGGAGCAGCCUAAGGAGGAGGAAUCUAAUAGGGUUAAGUCGUACGGGAUGUUUUCCAAGGAAUUCUUGACUCGUCAUGGGCUUCAUUUGCUGGGAACUACAAGCACAUGGUUCUUGCUUGACAUUGCAUAUUACAGCCAAAAUCUGUUCCAGAAAGAUAUAUUCAGUGCCGUUGGUUGGAUUCCUCCGGCCAAGACCAUGAAUGCCCUGGCGGAGAUGUUCUUUAUCGCAAAGGCUCAAACACUGAUCGCUCUCUGCGGUUCUGUUCCGGGGUACUGGUUUACAGUGGCGUUCAUUGACAGAAUAGGAAGGUUUUGGAUUCAACUGGGUGGGUUCUUCUUCAUGACCGUGUUUAUGUUUGCUCUUGCCAUUCCUUAUGACCACUGGACUCAUAGGGAGAAUAGAAUGGGGUUUGUGGUGAUGUAUUCCCUCACCUUCUUCUUUGCCAACUUUGGGCCUAAUUCUACGACAUUCGUUGUGCCGGCAGAGGUUUUCCCGGCAAGAUUCCGAUCCACUUGCCAUGGCAUAUCCUCGGCGUCCGGCAAGCUGGGUGCUAUUGUGGGUGCAUUUGGGUUCUUGUAUCUGGCACAGAGCCAGGACCCGAGCAAGACAGAUGCAGGGUAUCCUCCAGGGAUUGGAGUGAGGAAUUCGCUCAUUGCGUUGGGUGUCGUUAGCGUGCUGGGAUUCUUCUGUACUUUCUUGGUGCCCGAGACGAGGGGAAGAUCUUUGGAGGAAAUAUCCGGUGAGAAUGAAGACCUAGAAGCAAGCUGAUAAAUGCAGAGUACCGCAAUAGGAGUCUUGUUAUUUCGAUCAACCCUUUCCGUUCUUUUUAUGCCUGGCUAUCCCAUUUUGGCUCUGGAGAUGAGAAACCCCUUGGGUCUGCAAAUUUAAUAAACAUUUUCCCCAUCACUGUUC